AUGACUACCACCACAACCACCACCUUAGCCCAGGAACACAUCCCGGAGUUAAAAAGCAUCUGCCUCAACUCCUCUCCCGCCAAUUCCUCGACAUCCAAUCUUCUCUCCAUGAUCCGCGAAAUACCCAUCACCUAUGUUCUAGAGAAACUUCACGAACUGGGUCCCCAAUACCUCAACGAUAAAUCAUCCGCCCACGCCGAACUCCACAUUGACGGCUGUCCUAAGCCCUAUUACGUUCACAAGGAAUACCUCGUCCUACAAUCCAACUUCUUCAACGUGAUAUUUAAUAGCGGUGAUAUCUCAAAUGGUGAUGUGAUCACCAUCUCGUUACCCGCCUGUGAAUUGUUCGAUCCCAUCUUGGAGUAUUUCUACGAUGGCGAUGCUGACAAGUUUUACGAUUCCUUAAACGAAGGCAAUUGCAAGCGCAUGUGGGAAAAUGUCGAGUAUUUGGGUAUGGGCGCCGAAGCGAAGGCCGUUUGUUUGGCUUACUUUCAGAAUGAGAUAAACGGCAAACACGAAUAA